ACACACGAGGCACGUGAACCACAUUUUCAACAUGGCUCAGCAGCUGGGAGACUUCGCGAAAAGAUUUGGCAGUGGAGCGCCAAAAGGCGUUGGUUUAGGUCUCAAACUUUUAAUUGGAGCAGGAGCAAUAGGUUAUGGUAUUAAAGAAUCGAUAUAUACAGUUGACGGUGGUCAUAGGGCCAUAAUUUUUAGUCGUAUUGGUGGCGUACAACCAGGUGUUUAUGCUGAAGGAAUCCACUUUAGGAUACCAUGGUUUCAAUGGCCCAUCAUUUAUGAUAUCAGAUCUAGACCAAGAAGAAUCAGCUCUCCAACUGGUAGCAAAGAUUUACAAAUGGUCAACAUUAGCCUUCGAGUUUUAGCCCGUCCAGUUGCAGAAAACCUGCCCGUUAUGUACCAAAGACUUGGCACAGACUAUGAUGAGAGAGUUCUUCCAUCAAUUUGCAAUGAGGUUUUGAAAUCAGUUGUUGCACAGUUCAAUGCUUCACAGUUGAUUACCAUGCGACAGGAAGUCAGUUUACUGAUGCGAAGACAAUUGACAGACAGAGCUAGAGAUUUUGACAUCAUCCUUGAUGAUGUUUCAAUUACUGACCUUAGUUUUGGAAGAGAGUAUACAGCAGCCGUUGAGUCAAAACAAGUUGCGCAACAGGAAGCUCAAAGAGCAGCCUUCCUAGUUGAAAGAGCCAUCCAGGAAAGGCAGCAAAAAGUUGUACAGGCUGAAGGUGAAGCUAAAGCUGCUGUUUUGAUUGGCAAGGCAGUGAAAGAAAACCCAGGAUACCUUAAACUACGAAAAAUCAGGGCAGCACAAAGAGUGGCACAUGUGAUUUCUCAGUCCAAUAACAAAGUCUACCUCAAUGCUGGGCAGUUGAUGUUAAAUAUUCAAGAUACUGAAGAUAUCGACAAAGCUCUUGGCAACAUGGUCACUAUAGAGGAGCGACGAAAGAAGAAGUAAACACUGAUUGGAUUGAAUGUCAUUUCAAGAACCAAAGUGACAGUUGGACACCUUCUUUCAAAACUGAAUGCCAAACACCAAUUGAUGUUGUCUGUUAAUAUGCUCGAGCUUAUUUUCUACAUGUAGCCAAAAAUGUUACUUUUGAUUAAAAUUUUCGAAUGAUACAAA